AUGGGUUCGGUCAAUGCGCAUCUUGGGACAUCUGCUAAAACCUUGAAGUACUGGAGCGGUGUGCAGUGCCAGACACGAGGCUUGUUCGGUCAGUGCCGGACAGGAGGUUUGGCAGUUACAAAACAAGCGCUGAAGCCUGGUCUGUCCAACCCAUUCUGGGUACCAUCGGCUGGAUACUGUGAUUAUCCUGAUGAUAUAAUUUUGGAUUCAAAAAUCACGAACGGCAUCCACCCUGGAACGACAGUCAUCAUCCGAGGCAAACCCAGCCCAUGCUGCAAACAGUUUACGGUCUCGCUGGACAAUGGGCGAAAAGAAAUGUCAAACGUCCCUUUUAACAUGACCGCCUACUUCAAAGAGCAGAAGGAAGCCAACAAUGUCGUGUUGAACAGCAAGAAGAAAGGUGUUGUUGAUUAUAGCAAUGAAAAGACCAUUUCAACUAAAAUCCCGUUUGAGAUCAACAAGGACAUCAAAAUAACUGUGCAACCCGAGGAGAAAGUUUUUAAGGUACUCGUCAAUGACAGAAGCUUUGAUUUCCUGCCUCAUACGAUCAAAGAUUUCAACAAACUCAGACAUGUGAAAGUUUACGGCGGGUUUAAAGUCACUGAGUACCAGAUUACUGAACCUAACCCACAUUCCUACCGACCAAAAUAAGGUUAUUAAUACAUUUGGGGGACAUCACUGUUUUCUCGAUAGGACGUUUAUGUCAUGAUGUCACCUCCCCCACCCAUGUCGGGAUUUUUCAAUUUUUAUUUAAAUGACUAUUUUACUCUAAUUGAGCAUAAUUGAACAAUUUUUCAUCAAUAUAUUUUAAAAUUAUUUUGUCUUGGUGCCACUCUUUAAAUGACGUCACCCGGUGUGGUUCGCACCACUUACCCCACCUAGCGACGCCUCUGCAUACGUUAAAAGUUGAUCAUGAGUCCGUCCAUUAACAGUGAACAAGUCAGUAAACAAAUGUUCAAGUUGAAUCUGAAGUGAACCAAUCUAGACAAUAUUGAAGUAAUUUGAAUCAAUCAGUACUUGAAUAAAAACAUCAUUUUUUGCA